AGCCAGUGUUUCCAGCUGUGUGCACAUCCCGGCUUCCACCCUUCUCUCUUGAAUCACAACACACCAUUUCCUGGCCAAGGGACUUUUUCCUUCCAGUGCUGUUUCAACAUCUCUUUUCUCCCUCAUGUCCACAGCCAAUAAAAAGAGAUACAUCCCUCUGUGCUUGCAGAAUGAAGACUCGGGGAGUUUGAGCGAGACCCAGAUCACUGUCAUGCUUCUUGCUUAGAGAUUUUAACUGAAGGCCUCACAGGAUGUUCAGGCUGGCUGUGUUCCUCUCUGCUCUGUGUGCUGUCUCGUGGGGAUUUCUCUGCCUUCGCAUUGUCACCCCAGGCAAGUGGGGCGGCCGACCCGCCAGCUGCUCAUCACCUCUCAAGUCAGUGCAGACUGGAUAUGUCAUUGUCCUCCACACGGCCGGCAGCAGCUGCAAAACGCGUGCGGAAUGCAACCAGCAGAUGACGAAUAUCCAGCAUUACCACAUGAACAACAAGGGCUGGUGCAACAUUGCCUACAACUUCCUGAUUGGUGAGGAUGGGAAGGUGUAUGAAGGCAGAGGCUGGCAUACAGAAGGUGCUCACACUUAUGGUUUCAACGACAUCUCUCUAGGCAUUGCCUUUAUAGGUGACUUUACAGGAAGGUCUCCCAACGCUGCAGCCUGGAAAGCUUUGAAGCACCUGCUCCAGUUCGCCGUUGAGAAUGGCUACCUGUCUUCUAACUACCUCCUCAUUGCCCAUGGGGACGUCAGCAAUACCAUUUCUCCCGGUCAGCCCAUCCGCAACAUCCUCAAGACGUGGCCGCAUUAUAAACACUGAGCGCCACCAGCCUGGUGAAUGACGCGCGCGGCUCUUGAAAGCCGAGGAUGCUGCUUUGCUCAUGUGCUUAGUACAUAUAGAGAGAUAUUUUGACUCUUAAAUGUUGCGGGUUGGAUUCUCAGCCCCAGUUCUGUCUGCUGGGCAAUGCACGGGAGAAGCAAUCUGGCUGCAUCUAGCCAGUUGAGAGUUCCCCCGUUGAAAUUCUGAGCUGGUCUCAGACCAACAGAGCAAAUUCGUGUGCCGAUUGCCCAAACACCUAAACCCCAUGAUUUCAAUGGGUUUUAGGCACAUUGUUGCUUUUGAAAAUCCUCCUAGGUACCUAAAUACUUUAAAAAAUCUGGCCCUUAGAGACCAUAGCCAGCUGUGGUUAAUUAGAGUAACCCCUAAACUGCUCUAAUUUAUGUCAAGGCUGGGUCUGGGGCAGCAUGAGAAUUCAAGGGAGAUAACUGGCUCCUGACUGUCCUCUCCACCUUGCACUAGGCAUAUCUUGAUGCAGGGGAGAAUAUGGCCCAUAGCAAUUAUUAUUAUUAUUUUUUUAUAUUUGGGUCAAAUUCAGUCCUGGGCAGAGGGUUUAUGACUCAUUUAAGGCUCCCUUAAACCCUGUGGCCCAAAGACCAGGUGUGAUGCAGGAUCAGGCACUGAGUGUUUUCAGCUUCCCUUGUCUGUUUAAUUACAAAGCUGAGAAAUCAGCAAAACAAACUUGGCGUAAUUAAGAACAUGGGCUAGCUGGGAAAAAACAUGUGACAGAGAAGCUCCUCUUGCUUACACCUCAGCUGAUGAUCUCACAGAGAUUUGUGAACGGUUAAUUAAUCCUACCUACACUCUUGCUGGGGUGUAGGUCUACUUUACAGAGGAGUAAACUCAGGGUCACUGACUUUCUUAAGAUUACACAGUGAACAAAUGAAAGAGGCAAGAAUAGAACCAGGGAGUCCUAACUCCCCGUCUGUUCUCUAACCCCUAGUCUGCACUUUCCUCCCAGAGCUAGGAGUAGAACCCAGGAGUCCUGACCAUCAGCCCCGCCCCCUCCUCUAAUCUCUAGAUUCCACUGAAAUUCAGCGCUGUGCAUUUUCUUAUCAGAUCCACUGGGCUAGAAGUUGUGGACUCAGGGAUGGAAGCAUUUCUGAGCUGAGGUCAUUGUGUGCUCUGUCUGGGAUGGGGCAGGUACAAUAUACUUGCAGCCCACAAAAGGGAGCCCAGAGCCAACCCUAUAAAGAAUUGUAAAUAAAGUGACAGAGUCUGUAUUCGAACGACGUGCUCAGCUUGCGUAGCUCCGAUUUUCUGCUCGGGCAGUGCCUGCUUUAGCCUCACUCCCAUGCAAAGGUUUUACAGUAGAACGAGCCUCAGAGUUACGAACCUCAGAGUUACGAACUGACCAGUCAACCACACAUCUCAGUUGGAACCAGAAGGAAGCAAUAAGGCAGCAGCAGAGACAGAAAAAAAAAAAAAAAAAAAAGCAAAUACUGGACAGUGCUGAGUUAAACAUAAACUACUAAAAAAAGUAAGGGAAAGCAGCAUUUUAAAAGCAUCUUCUGCAUCGUAAAGUUUCAAAGCUGUCUUAAGUCAAAGUUCAGUUGCAAACUUUUGAAAGAGCAGCCAGAAGGUUUUGUUCAGAGUGACGAACAAACUCCAUGCCUGAGGUGUUUGUAACUCUGAGGUUCUCCUGUAUUUGGGUCUGAAGCUAAUCUGUGUCUCCUCAUCCUGCUGGCCCCCAACGCUGCUGCUGAAGUCAGCAGCUUUUUGUCAUCACCGGCCUCCAGAAGUCCAUCCCCGUCAAUGAGUGACCAUGUCUCUGCUCCCUGGAUGAAUUCUUCAGCUCCAAUGAAACGCACCUGAAUUCUGGCUGGGUGGCGAGGAGAGAGGGAGGAGGGGGUGAAAUCCAAACCUGGAUCUGAAGUUUGCAAAAAACGUGUCUGUAUCCACAGUAAACAACCGCCCAGACGGAAGCACCUCCAAAAUCUGGAGUAGUGCCCUCCCUCCCGGCCAACAUUUUCUCACCUAAUCAGUUCCCUGCCAUUGCAGGGGUUUUGGGCAUUGCAGGAACCAUGGUCUCUCCUGUUCUCUGCCUGUGGGGCCCACAGUUUAGUUUUCUGAGGACUGAAAUUAUAGCAAUGCAGGGCUGGAUGGAACCUUGCAAAGUCAUCAAAUCCAGUCCUUGCGCUGAGGCACGACUAAGUCAACCUAGACCAUCCCUGACAAGGGCUUGUCCAACCUGGUCUUAAAAACCUCCAGUGCUGUGUUGAGCCAACUGAAAUUUGGGCUUAAUAGUGGGUAUCUGGGUGAAAUAUAACAGUCUGUGAUAUACAGGAGGGCAACUUAGGGUGACCAGAUAGCAACUGUGAAAAAACGGGACGGGGGUGGGGGGGUAAUAGGUGCCUAUAAAAGAAAAGGUCCCAAAAAACGGGACUGUCCCUAUAAAAACAGGCCAUCUGGUCACCCUAAGAUGAUCUGGCCUUAAAUUCCAUGAAACUAUGAACAAAUAUAAUAAUAAU